AUGCAUAAUCUUAAACAAUGCGAUAGCAAACGUGAAACAAAAGAACAUCACGUUGGAAACCCAAUUCAAUCUUGCAAUCUCUGUGAACCCGACCUUGUCUUUCCCAUCAAAAAUAGUCUUCAACUUGUCAUCACAAAAGAUCUCCUUCUUAUUACUAGGAUUCUGAAGGUUCUGCAGCUUGAUGUACUCCCACACUCUCUUCACAGCGUGAGUUCGGGACACCUCCGAAGCACCGAGGAAGCUUCCGAGCUCGGAAGACACCGGCACUACCUUCUGUAUCCCCACGUCCCACGUCGGCCUGCUCGGCGCCUUCUUCGCCGCCUUAGUCGCGGUGUUGUUGGAAUAAAAGUGAAAAACCCUAACAGGGAGUAG